AUGCCUUUCAGAAAGCCACAUCAGACAGCAGACCCUAGGUAUAUUGAUGACAAGGGUAGCAAGAUCGAGAUUAAGCCGAAAGGACUCAACAUUAUUUGGGGAAAUGACCUUCGCUACUGGAAAACACAAGAGGAGUUUGCAGAACUGAUACAAGUUUCAUGGUUGGAGGUAUCUGGUAAAGUAACUGUAAAAAGAGGGAAAACUUAUUCGGUGAAAUUUGAUGUGGAGGUUAAGCAAAACGGUUUCGGUUGGGAAAACACACCAGUACUUGUCAUGGCUAAACUUGGGAAAAGGGGAUCAUAUACCUAUAAGGAAGUCAAGUUAGCUUGUGGUAGUAAACAGGCAAUUCCUAAAGAUGAUGGCAGGCUUGAAAUUACUGUUGGAGAACUAGAAAAUGACCCGGAACUUCAUUUUGGAUUGUAUGAAGUUUGGAGUGGAAAAUGGAAAGGUGGCUUGAUAAUCAAUAAAGCAGAAGUUACUAUGAUAAACUAA